AUGUCUCCUGCUGCCGCAGCAUCCAGUAGCGAGGGAUCAAACAGGGGAGAGAGCAUCGGCAUAACCCUAGGGGACAUGGCUGAGCGAUACGGCUGCCCAGCCUCGCAUAAAUUCCGUCAAAGAAUAGGCGUCUGCGAGGGGAUGAGCCAUCCUCGCACCGAUGGCGACCGACCCACAUACGAUGGCACGCAGGCUGUCGAGGACCUUCCGUUAUGUAGAGCUAGCGGUGUAGUUGGAACCAGCUCGGGGAUUGGUAGAUCCGUCACGUCCCAGCACCCACCCCUCUGGUCGCCAGUCCCUCCUGGUAUGAAAGAAGAAACCGAUCUGGGGGACGUGGCCGUUGUGUAUCCUACGCCCGGACCCUUCUCGGUCCCAUAG